AUGUUAACUUCCCUUGGUGGCCUGCGUAUGGAACUUGAAGACUGUGCCUUUGAAACGCUCAAAGAUAUUGUGGUAACGGUUGAGGCCUGUGAGGCCUUCAAAGAUAUCGACGUUGCAUUGCUGGUUGGGGCGAUGCCAAGAAAAGAAGGAAUGGAGCGGAAAGAUCUUCUGAAAGCAAACGUUAACAUCUUCAAGGAACAGGGCAAAGCCCUCGACCAGUUUGCAAAAAAGACCGUCAAAGUUCUGGUUGUCGGAAACCCCGCGAAUACAAAUUGCUUAAUGAUGAGCAAGAACGCACCGUCGAUUCCGCAAGAAAACUUCACCGCCUUAACACGGCUUGAUUUUAAUCGUGCAAAGUCACAGAUUGCACUCCGCCUUGGUGUGCCAGUCUCGGCCGUCAAAAAUUGCAUCAUUUGGGGGAACCACAGCAACACCCAGUUCGCUGAUGUUGCACACGCGAAGGUUAUGUUACCCGGUGGUGAGAAAUCCGUAUAUGAAGCUGUUAAAGACGACUCAUGGAUCCGUAACGAAUAUCUGAGCACUAUUCAGAAGCGUGGCGCGGCGAUUAUUUCCGCCAGAAAACUCAGUAGUGCGAUGUCCGCUGCUAAAGCAAUAGUAGACCACAUGCAUGACUGGUGGUUUGGGACGAAGCCGGGAGAAUGGGUAACUAUGUCUGUGAUUAGCGAUGGAUCUUACGGAGCCCCUCUGGAUAUCAUGUUCAGCUUUCCUGUCGAGAUAAAGGAUAAAAAGUGGAAGAUAGUCAAAAACCUUUCAAUGGAUGACUGGGCUAAGUCGAAGUUCAAAAUAACCGCGGAUGAACUAGUUGAAGAACGUGAAAUGGCUCUGAGCACCUAG